UGUAGCGUACUCAAUGUCACGCAACGCAUUUGAGGAGUUGCGGAUUCAGCUGCGAACCCUUCGAUGGCUGGGUGUCCUGCGGUUUAGCAUCGACUUUGAGAAGUGCCAAGUGCGGUUAAGUGCCUUCGAGGAGCGCAGUGCGUGCUUGUAUUUGAUCGGUGUUUUCGUGGUCACCUGCAGUUUGCUCAGCUACAGCCUGUACUAUCCUCAUCACUUUGUGAUGGGCAAACACAACAGCACCGGCAAUUGCUAUGCCCUGAUCAAUGUCAGAUGUUGUGCCAUAUUCACACUGCUGGUCUACAUUCAUCUCUAUGUACGACGCUAUCGCUUCGCCAGUCUGUUGCAAUCGAUGUUGCGGUUUAACCAAAUCGCAGGAAGUCGCAGUGGAUCCUUAAGAUUUGCAAUUUCCUAUUACCUGCAUCUGUCUCUAUUUGUGUUUUGCAUGCUGAACUAUGGCCACGGAUACUGGGCGGCAGCCGUUCGAUGGACCACAAUGCCCAUUUACCUGCUGCAGUAUGGCUUUUCCUACCUCAUUCUCGGCCAGGUGGUCGUCCUGUUCGCCGGCAUUCAACAGAUUCUGCUCUCGAUAUUGAAGCACUACAAUGAGCUACUUCUCGAAAAUAUAAAGUCGUGCAAGGAAUGCCAGAGAUUUAAUGAAAUCUUUCGCAAAUACAACCAGGUGAUGUGGCUAAGCUAUGUCGAGAUUAAUUAUAGUUUCGGCUUGCUGCUACUACCAAUAACCGGAUUAAUUCUGCUGUUAACCCCCUCGGGACCAUUCUACCUGGUGUCGACCAUCUUUGAAGGCCGUUUUCGGCAGACUUGGCGGUUUGCCUUUAUGUCGCUAACCGCCUUAUUGUGGAGCGUGCCUUGGGUGGCAUUGCUUGUUCUGGCCAUGGGCACCAACGAUGUUCAGAAGGAGGUGAGUAGCUAUCGAAUGACUUUCAAAGUGAUAAAACAGGAAGAAGGAAACACGCCCAUUAGGGCACAUGGAAAGUCUUUUUAAGCCUUUUAAAAUCGUCAAUACC